AUGGAACUGCAUGUCUGGAAUAAUACGUUUUCUCCCGAUAAUCAAAAUCAUCAUCACUUAGAUCAUUCACAAUCUGGAAAUACUCCAAAUAAUAAUGAUGUAAACUCAAAUGCAUCUACUCCAAAUACUGAUCAUCAUCACCAUACUCAGCAACAACAACAACCACAGCAUUCACAUUUAAAUAUUACAUCACAUCAUCUAAAUUCGACAAAUUUCACCGAUAGUGAACAAUUAUUUUUACAACAAAUUGAACAAAAUUUAUAUGAACAUCAACAACAUCAGCAUCAUCAUAAUGAUCAACAUAGUGUACAUCAUCCGCAUAAUAGUUCGACUGGUAAUACUCCAGAUUUACAAUUUCAUGCUGAUUCAAAUGAUCAUCAACAUCAUAUACUCGGUCAUCACCAACAUCAAUCACUGCAACAUAGUAAUAACAACUCAACGGGGAACACUCCAUCAAAUAGUGCCUCAUUAACCGCGCCACCUCAAUCGUAUGAAUUUGGUUUAGAAAAUAUAAAUUUUAUAAUACCAGAAGAUUUAAAUUUUGAUGCCGAUCCCAAUCAUGUUUCGUCUGCUUUCCCUCCAAAUUUACCUUCAAAUCAUCAAACUCCUAGUUUAUUAGCUGCUAAUAAAAAGCAAGAUCAUUUGAGUCAUGUUCAUGAAGAUUUUACAAAUUCACCCAUACUACCAGGUCAAAAUGAAAAAUCGUAUAAUAAUCAACAUUAUUAUCAUCGACAAAAUUCUUCCGGUAAAAUAUAUACAAGUAGAGAUGUACAACAGCAACAACAACAACAUGUGAGACCAGAUGCUGUAUUUACACCUUUAGUAUCACCAGCUGUCACACCUUUAGAUAAAGCUGCUUCAAGUUCUUUUCAACAAGGUCCAGUUAACGUCAGUUUUGAACCAUUAACAUCACCUGCUUUAAAUGCACAAAAUUCAACUACAUCAAAUGAUCGAAGAAGAUCUGCAAGUUCAGUUUAUGCUCCACAAGAUUCAAAUCAAAGUAAUAAUUCAAAAUCAUACAAAAGAAGAACUCCGCAUGGUACACCAGUAUUACAAGCUAACAGUAGUUCCAAAAAUUAUAAAUCUCCAAAUAUCAAACCAAGAAAUAAUGGUUAUUCAUUUGAAAAAUUACCAGAAAGUUCAAUCAGUGAUGAUAAAGAUCUGAAAAGUAGUACAAAUAGUAAUGAUAUGUUACCUCCAAGUGGUAAACCUUUGGAAAUUAAUGAUCCACCAUUAAUGGGUUUCACAAUGGGUAAAUUAGCGGAAGAAGAAAAUCAAAAUCAAAAUCAAAGUCAAAAUCAAAAGAAAUUAACCAAACCAAAGGUUGCUAGAAAAUCAUCAUAUUCAAAAUCAAGAUCAACUUCAUCAUCAGAAAAUUCAUCACCUGUGCUAAAUAAAAAACCCGAAAAACCUGCAACUAAAAAGGCUUCACAUAAAUUAGCUGAACAAGGAAGAAGAAAUAGAAUGAAUAUGGCAGUUCAUGAAUUAGGAGUUUUAAUACCUCAAAGUUAUCAUGAAGAAGUAUCAAUACCUUCAAAAGCAACAACUGUAGAAUUAGCAUCUAAAUAUAUUAAAGCUUUACUUAAAGAAAUAGAUCAAUUAAAAAAUAGUAAAUAG